UCCCUCCUAUUACUGUUGCUCAGCCUCCCAAGCACCAGUACAGGAGUGUGACAAGAGCAGCUAUGCAGUGUGUAAGCCGGCUCUACACCCAAACCUGAUGUCAACCCUGGUCAGUGUAGACGUCUCAGGUUUUUGGAGAGUUCUACUGGUUCCCUGCUGACUGAGCUGAAUUGAGCUGAAGGAAAGCACCGGGCUCCAGAUGCCAUUUACUGACGUAAACGUGAGAGAUAAGAGGACGCACCGAGUGACCAGAAAGUUGGCGAGGGGAAGAGCACAUUUCUUUUUGUUUGCCUUCUGAAGAAGCUUGAUUGCUCCUUGUUUCCUCGAGGCCUCUUUCCACAAAGUCGAAAGGCUUUAUGGGAAAGUUAUUCUUGUAGAACCCUGCUCUCAUUUUCUUUUAAUAGAUCUUAAAGUUAAAAACCAAACGAAGAUCCAAAUUAUUUUUUUUUAAAGGACAACAUUGUAAGGAUGGCAAAUUCAGGAUUUCAGCUCCUGGGCUACUUCUUGGCUCUAGGCGGAUGGGUCGGGAUCAUCUCGACCACGGUGUUGCCCCAGUGGAAGCAGUCGUCGUACGUAGGAGACGCCAUUAUCAUGGCAGUGGGGCUGUAUGAGGGUCUGUGGAUGUCCUGUGCGUCCCAGAGCACAGGACAGGUGCAGUGCAAGAUUUUCGACUCGCUGCUGUCCCUCGACAUCCACAUCCAGACGUGCCGAGCUCUGAUGGUCAUAUCCGUGCUGAUGGGGUUUAUCGGCGUUAUCGUGAGUGUAGUGGGCAUGAAGUGCACCAGGGUGGGCGACAACAACCCCGCCACCAAGGGCAAGAUUGCUGUGGCAGGAGGAGGCCUCUUCCUACUUGCCGGUUUGUGCACUCUGGUGUCUGUAUCCUGGUAUGCGACGCAAGUCUCUGUUCACUUCUUCGAUCCAAACACACCUCAUAAUGCCAAGUUUGAAUUUGGCUCCGCCCUGUUUAUCGGCUGGGCGGCGGCCUGCUUGACGAUCCUGGGCGGCUCCUUCCUCUGCUGCUCCUGUGCUAAAGAGGCCCGAGGCGGGCAGCAGUACUACCGGCAAUCACAGACCUCUACUGCCAGGGAGGCUGAGUUACUGAGCGAGACUAGUUUCCCUGACUGAACAAAUCUCCUUGCCUUUUCUCGAAGACUGGUCAAGCUCGACUCCCUGUUUCUGUCCCUCCUCAUCUUCCACUUCUACCUUGAUUUCAAUUUCGGAUCUUUCUCUCUGUGUUUGUGUGUGUGUUUGUGUGUGUUUUUCAUUCUCUCAGUCAGAACCUGAACAAGAACUAAAUAUGGGUCGAACAACUAGCAUGUGUGUGUGUGUGUUCUUGCAUAUAUAUGUGUGUGUGUGUGUGUGUUUUAUCCUGCAUCCUCUUGAAUCUUUGGGUCCUCGUCACUCUCUGUUGCUCUUUCAUUCCCGUUUCUUUUUUUUUUUCCUUUAUUGCAAACUUAAACAUGUCUUUUUCUUUUAAAUUUCAGAGCAAAUGUUAAAAGUUCAUCACCAGACAAAGGGGAGCAGUUCUUAUAGUUUGGGAGAGGGCAGACUUCCAUCAGGUCUCACGCUGGGUUAGAUUUUUGGCAACUGACAGACAAGACACUCUCUUGGUUAUAGAGUCAAAUACAUUAUGAUCUAAAACAAAAAGGGGAAAAAAUAUAGUUAAUGUUAACAAAAACCCCAAGAAAUGACGUACUACUGUUAUCUGUACUGUGUGCCACCUUGUAAAUGCUUCUGAAUGCAUCUAUAGCUAUAUCUAUAUCUAUAUAUCUAUAUAUCUAUAUAUAUCUAUCUAUCUA